GAGCCCUCUACAGGGACGUCAUGCAGGAGAACUACGAGACAGUGACCUCGCUGGCAGGAUUCCCCGUUCCCAAACCUGACCUGAUCGCCCUGCUGGAAAGAGGGGAAGAGCCGUGGGUCCCGGAUCUACAAGCCACCGAGGAAAGGAAGAGCCCGAGAGGCACCCGCACAGCAGGUGAUAGGACAGUGAGUGAGAACAAGGAGGAGAAUCAGCAGCAGGAAGGUCCUGAGCAAGUGGAACUGCAGGAGAGGUUUAUGAGAAGAACAGAAGGGAAUUUUUCCCAGCACUUGGAGCAGGGAAAUGCCUGGGGAGAUCGACACAGAUCAGAGAUGCAGCUGGGAAACCAUCCCGGGAAGAAACUGAACAAAUCAAUUCAACGUGGCAGAGGAUGCAAGGAUCCCAAGGAAACCACAGUCCGGCAGACAAGUCACAAUGAAGAGAAACCCUGCAAAUGCCUUGACUGUGGGAAAAGAUUCCGUUUCAGUGGAAACCUUCUUACACAUCAGAAAACCAACACAGGAGAGAAGCCUUAUAAAUGCUUGGACUCUGGAAAAAUCUUAAUUCAGAAGUCACAAUUUAUUAUACACCAGAGAGUGCACACAGGAGAGAGACCUUUUAAAUGCUGUGAGUGUGGGAACAGUUUUAGUCAGAGUGCAACGCUUAUUACACAUCAGCGAACCCACACAGGAGAGAGACCUUAUAAAUGCCUUGAGUGUGGGAAAGGUUUUAGUCAGAGUGCAACACUUAUUGCACAUGAGAGAACCCACACUGGAGAGAGACCCUAUGAAUGCCAUGAGUGUGGGAAAAGUUUUAGUCAGAGCUCAGCACUUCUAACUCAUGAGAGGACCCACACAGGAGAGAGACCCUAUAAAUGCCAUGAGUGUGGGAAAGGUUUUAUCGCAAGUUCAGCCCUUACUAAUCAUAGGAGAAUCCACACAGGAGAAAAACCCUAUAAAUGCCCUGAGUGUGGGACAAGUUUCAAUUUGAAAUCAACCCUUACUACACAUCAGAAAACCCACACAGGAGAGAAACCGCAUGAAUGCUUGGACUGUGGGAAAACUUUCCGUUUCAAAUCAAACCUUAAAGCACAUGAGAAAACCCACACAGGAGAGAAACCCCAUAAAUGCUUGGACUGUGGGAAAACGUUCUGUCUGCGCUCAUACCUUAUUAAACAUGGGAGAAUCCACACGGGAGAGAGACCUUAUAAAUGCCUUGAGUGUGCGGAAAGCUUCAGUAGGAGCUCAGCGCUCACCAAUCAUCAGAGAAUACACAGGGAGGAGAGAACCCAGAAAUAGCUUGACAGGAAAAGGUUCAAUUUACUUUACACAUCUGUGACCCACACAACAGAGACACCUUGAUGUGGGGGAAGGUUCAUUUGGGAUCAGGCAUCCGCACAGGGAAGAAACCUCUGAGUUGUUCUCAAUGUGGAAAAUGCUCCAAGUGGAGCUAACACCAUACUGGACAUCAGAGACUCCUCCAUGCACGGGGGAAAUUCUCUCAGGGCCCUGACUGGGGCUGGCUGUGGCGACAAACCCAUUUCCUCGUUCCCACACACAUCAGGGGCAUUUGGCUCCCAAGGAUCCAGCUGCGCAUCGCUGGGGCGAUGAUCCAGCAGCAGCUGAGCAUCAACUGGUCUGGGAUCCUCUGGCUCUGCCUGGUCUCCACAAACCCCAGGCAGAGGAGAAGCCUUGAUCAGCCCCUCCUCCCUGCUGCAGCCCUGGCUGCUGAGCUGAUGAGCCACAGGUGGGGAAAAGGAGAGAGAGAAACUCCUCCAGCCGCUCCCUCUGCCUGGCUGAAGGUCCCCCCUCUCCCUUCCCCUCCUAGCUGGGAUCCCCCUGCCAUGGAGAUGAGGAGAAAGACACUUGGGCCAGGCCCCACCUUCACUCUAGACCAGGGGUAGGCAACCUAUGGCACAUGUGCCGAAGGCGGCACGUGAGCUGAUUUUCAGUGGCACUCACACUGCUCGGGUCCUGGCCACUGAUCCUGGGGGCUCUGCAUUUUAAUU